AUGGCUGAGAAAGCAACUGCUUCUCUCGUUUUUCCCGUCUUAUGCCUACUCGUAUCCUUUGCAAUUUUUUGCUUCGUGUAUCGCACUGAAGUCUUGCAACAAGUGAGAGCAUACUCGCGCUCGGCUAGAUCCUUUCUUCGCGAAACCCGACGAAAAAUUGCCUAUCUAUCCUCACCUUCGCGUACAAGACACCACGAAACCUUUGAAGACGAAUACUUUACAAUCUUUGAUGUCAUGCUCGCGCUAGGUGAUACAGAACUCGAUGCCUACUCAGAGACCCAGACACAGCCAUCAGAUCUCGAAUCCGGCUCAGAAUACGAGUCUGAUGGUAACUCAGACGACUUGAGAGUCAGUACUGAACUAGAGUACUCUAUCUCACAUGCCUUACGUCAACCUCCCUGGAUUACGGAGUCUUCCCGACACAUUGCACUUCAUCUUCUAUCAGAACAGCCGCCUCUCACCCUCUGGGAGAUUGAACUCGAGGAGCGGAUCCGUCAUGGACGUGGAAUAGGGCCAUGGCUCGACCGAAUUAUUGACAGAGUAGUUCGGCACAUUGUCGAGAACUUCAACUCUGAUGAGUAUUGA